UUGCCUCAUCCUCCUCUCUCUCUCUGUGUGUGUGUCUUUUUUAUAUCAGCUUCUCUUGUUUGGUUGGUUUGCUUUCCAUUAACAGGAUCGAUCCCUGUCUGUCUGUCUUCAUGCGUUUUUAUACGGCUGCUUUUUCUCUUCACUAAUAAUCAUUAUUACAUCAGAUUGUGUAUAGUUUUUUUGGGGAGAGAAAAUGAAGUUUAAAGAUGAUAAGCCUGGAAGACAACCUGAAAAAAGUACAAGGGUGGUACAAGUAGUACUAAUGUUUGUGGUGUUAUGUGGGCUCUCAUUUUAUCUUGGUGGGAUCUUUUGUUCUGAAAAAAAUAAAAUUUCUACCGAGGAGGUUGCUAAAGCUGUUGACUCUGUUGAACAAACUGUGUCUGGCCCGAUCCGGGUUAAAUCGGUUUCUUUUCCUGAAUGCAGUGCUGACUUACAAGACUACACGCCUUGCACGGAUCCUAAGAGAUGGAUGAAAUACGGGCGACACAGGCUUACAUUCAUGGAACGUCACUGUCCGCCUGUAUUUGAUAGGAAGGAGUGUUUGAUACCUCCACCUGAUGGCUACAAGGAGCCUAUCAGAUGGCCAAAGAGUAAAGAUGAAUGUUGGUAUAGAAAUGUUCCAUAUGACUGGAUCAACAAGCAGAAGUCAAACCAGCAUUGGUUAAGAAAAGAAGGAGAGAAAUUCUACUUUCCUGGUGGCGGUACUAUGUUCCCCAAUGGUGUUAGCGCCUAUGUUGAUUUAAUGCAAAAUCUAAUCCCAGAAAUGAAAGAUGGGACUGUUAGAACUGCCAUUGAUACUGGAUGUGGGGUUGCUAGUUGGGGAGGUGACUUGCUCGAUCGUGGCAUCUUAACGGUGUCUCUUGCCCCGAGAGAUAACCACGAGGCUCAAGUUCAGUUUGCAUUGGAACGUGGUAUUCCAGCAAUUCUUGGAAUUAUAUCUACGCAACGUCUUCCCUUCCCAUCAAAUUCAUUUGAUAUGGCUCAUUGCUCACGAUGCCUUAUCCCAUGGAUCGAAUUUGGUGGUAUUUACCUUCUUGAAGUACACCGGAUCCUAAGGCCAGGAGGCUUCUGGGUCCUAUCAGGUCCUCCCAUAAAUUACGAGAGACGGUGGAGAGGUUGGAACACGACAAUAGAUGAGCAAAAGUCAGAUUACGAGAAGUUAGAAGAACUUUUAACCUCAAUGUGCUUUAAGCUAUAUAACAAGAAAGACGAUAUAGCUGUUUGGCAGAAAUCAUCAGAUAACGACUGUUACAAACAGCUUGAUGUACCAGACAACUACCCGACAAAAUGUGAUGAUGGGACUGAGCCUGAUUCUGCGUGGUACACCCCAUUGAGACCAUGUGUAGUUGUGCCCAACCAAAAGCUCAAGAAACUGAGCUUGUCAUCGAUCCCAAAAUGGCCUGAAAGAUUACAUGACGCUCCAGACCGCAUUGGUGAUGUUAAAGGUAGCAGUGCUGGGGACUUCAACCGUGAUGACAAGAAAUGGAAAAAUAGGGUGAAGCACUACAAGGCGUUGCUUCCGGUUCUUGGAACUGAUAGGAUACGAAAUGUGAUGGAUACAAACACUCGUUAUGGAGGUUUUGCUGCAGCUUUGAUCGAUGAUCCACUUUGGGUCAUGAAUGUCAUCUCAUCUUAUGCUCCAAAUACCCUUCCUGUCGUGUACGAUAGGGGCCUAAUUGGAACUUACCAUGACUGGUGUGAGGCGUUUUCAACAUAUCCCAGAACAUAUGAUCUUCUUCAUGUAGACGGUCUCUUUACAUCCGAAAGCCAUAGGUGUGAGAUGAAACACAUGUUAUUGGAGAUGGAUCGGAUCUUGAGACCAAAUGGGUAUGCAGUAAUUAGGGAAUCAAGCUUCUUCAUAGAUGCAGUUGCUACAAUUGCAAAGGGACUGAGAUGGGAUUGUCAUAUUGAAGCUACCGAAGACGGCACAGAUAAAGAAAAGAUUUUGAUCUGCCAGAAGAAACUCUGGUACUCGCAACAAAACUCAUAACACGAACAAAGUUGAGAAACAGUGAUCAUUUAUAUCAGAAACCAGCAGAUAGUUAAUCAAAGAAUCAUUAAGUUGGUAUUCCAUAAACAUAUAUAACAUCAAAUUUUCUAAAAAACAGGGAAAGUUUAGUUACUCAUGGAUCUAAAUUAAACUAGUAUAGUGGGAUUUCUGUGGUGUAGAAGAAAUAUAUAUGUUCUUUUUCUUUUUGUAUUAAGCACCAGAUAUACUCCUGUUUUUUCUGGUUCUUUGUUGUCGAAGUUGGUUACGGUGACAAUUGUAAGUCCAUAUUUCUAUUGUAUGUAAUGAGAUUUUUUGGUGCC